CGUCGUAGUGGAUCGAUCCGACGUCACGCGGUGUGUCGGCGGCGUGAGGCCCAGCGAGGACACCGUUAGUCGCAAACUAGUCGUGGAAGUCAUUUGACGCAACUUCACGACGAGUCAGGCUUCGCGUGGGCAUGAAAAGCAGGGAUGAGGACCUACUGAAAGUCCAUACUACUGUGGACUACAGAGGAACAGAAAACCACAGUGAAAAGACCUGGCUCCCCAGCUGUAGAUGGAACGACUCCAAUUUGUGCAGCGUCGAUGUCGGCAGCUCUUCGCUCAAGAACCGGGCCUAGGCUCGUACUCGACCCAAAUUAACCGCCACACCAAUUCCCACUCAGUAGAUCCACACAGCGCCCCACAGGGAUGGCGGGAGAAGAGAAGAACCGUUGUUGCUCGCCACGGCCUCCGCCAGCAAGAGCUGAAAGACAUGUCCAAAGUUUACAAGGGCAACGCCAUCCGCACUACCAAGUACAGCAUACUGACCUUCAUCCCUUUGAACCUGUUUCAGCAGUUUCACAGGGUAGCCAAUCUCUACUUCCUGUUCCUGGCUUUGCUGAACUGGGUACCGGUGGUUGAAGCGUUUCAGAAGGAAAUUACGAUGAUUCCUUUGCUGGUGGUUCUUGCUGUCAUUGCCGUUAAAGACGCCUUGGAGGACUACAGGCGCUACCUCUUUGACAAAAACAUCAACUGCAAAGUAGCACAAGUGUACUGUGGCAAGAAGAGAGCCUACAUGGAGAAAUACUGGAAAGACGUUUACGUCGGGGACUUUGUACGCCUGCGCUGCGACGACAUCAUCCCCGCCGACAUUUUACUGCUGUAUUCCUCGGAUCCUCGCGGCAUUUGUUACAUUGAGACUGCCAACCUGGACGGAGAGACCAACCUGAAACAGAGGCAGGUGGUUCCAGGCUUGCACCUGCAGGAAAGAGAGUUUAGCCCUGAGAGCUUCCACAGUCGCAUUGAGUGUGAGAAUCCCAACAAUGACCUCGGCAGGUUCCGAGGUUUCAUGGAGCACCCAAGUGGAGCUCGUGCUGGCCUUCACAAUAACAAUCUACUACUCAGAAGUUGCACGGUUCGGAAUACAGAGACUGUGGUGGGCAUCGUGGUCUAUGCUGGACACGAGACCAAAGCCAUGAUGAACAACAGCGGGCCAAGAUAUAAAUGGAGCCAGUUGGAGAGGCGCCUGAACGUUGAUGUCCUUUGGUGUGUGUUCCUGCUGAUCAUCAUGUGCCUCACCACUGCCAUCGGCCAUGGACUCUGGCUGAAGAAGCUGGAAAAUGCAGUAUUUCUGACUGAGGAGGACACGUCUCCUGCUCUGGCUGCCUUCUACGUCUUCUGGACCAUGGUCAUUGUGCUGCAGGUGCUGAUUCCCAUCUCUCUCUACGUGUCCAUUGAGAUUGUGAAGCUGGGCCAGAUCUACUUCAUCCAGAAUGAUGUUUUCCUCUACGACCAGCACGCCCGCCGCAGGAUCCAGUGCCGCGCGCUCAACAUAACCGAGAACCUGGGUCAGGUCCAGUACUUGUUCUCUGACAAGACCGGAACUCUCACCGAGAACAAGAUGGUGUUUUGCCGUUGCAGUAUUUAUGGGAUCGAAUAUCCUCAUGUGGAGAACGCACGAAGACUCAAGAUGUAUGAGGAAGAGAAGAGUGAAUCCCUGAGCAACAACUGCCACUCAGCAUGUCUGCCCACACAGUGGGAGGAACCUUCCACACUCCCAGCUGAGUGGGAGGAACCUUCCAACCACUUCUUUCCAGCCACUGGUGCCUUCUCCAACCAAAUGAUAAAGGAGGUGAUACCAGACCCUGAGCUGAUGAAGAAACUGAGCUGGCUUUGUCCUCCUACGCUGCCUCUUGGUGGUAGUUCUCCGAGCCGAGAACUCACCUAUGUCACAGACUUUUUCCUGGCGCUGGCUGUUUGCAACACUGUGGUGGUAUCCUCUCCCAGACACACCGUAUCUGAAGCACAAGCACCUGUGAAGUCUGUGGACCAAAUCAAAACGGGAGGAAAUCCUGGGUGCUCAGAUAGAGUUUUCACACAGAACACCUUCAAAGUCUCAGCCCCUGUUGGUCAGACGACAGAGGGUUCCAUUGUAAAGCCAGUGGAGGACGAGGCUAUGAACAUGAUUAGGGAAGGUGCUUCUGAGAAUGACACAGAUGACGAACUGCGAUACGAGGCGGAGAGUCCGGACGAAGCUGCUCUGGUCCAUGCGGCUCGAGCAUACCACUGUACACUGCGAGGACGAUCUACAGAUGGCCUUACUGUCAACAUGCCUGGACUGGGCACCCGGGCUGUCCAACUACUUCACACCCUGCCCUUUGAUUCCAACAGGAAGAGGAUGUCGGUGGUCGUCCGCCAUCCUGUCACGGGACAGGUGGUGGUCUACACCAAGGGCGCGGAUUCCGUCAUCAUGGACCUUGCUGAGACACCAAAAGGUGCGGAACAGACUCCGGAGAGCUAUAGUCACAUUAGAGAGCGAACCCAGAAGCAUUUAGACAGCUAUGCUCGAGAAGGCCUGCGUACUCUCUGCAUUGCUAAAAAGGUGCUAGAAGAAGAGGAAUAUGAGGCGUGGCUAAGGAAACAUUUGCUGGCAGAGAGUAGCAUUGAGAACCGAGAGGAGCUGCUACUUGAUUCAGCCCAAAGACUGGAGACCAACCUCACUCUUUUGGGGACCACAGGCAUCGUAGACCGACUACAGGAGGAGGUGCCGGAGACCAUUGAAAGUCUUCAGAGGGCUGGUAUCAAAGUGUGGGUCCUCACUGGAGACAAACAAGAGACAGCCAUCAACAUCGCCUACGCCUGUAGACUUCUAUGUCCCCAGGACCAACUUCUGACCGCCAACUGUGACAGCAAGGAAGCCUGUGUGGCCCUUCUUGAGGAGCUGAAAGGAGAAGUAGAGUGCAGUGCAGAGAGAGCGAGUACUAAGACUCCCCAGGGAUCAGGCUUCAGUUUGGUCAUAGAUGGCCGGACCCUUGACUGGGCUCUACAAGAGGAAGCAAAGAGCUGCUUUCUGGAGGUGACCAAGUCCUGCAAGGCUGUGAUCUGUUGCCGGUCCACUCCGCUUCAGAAGAGCCAUGUGGUGAGACUGGUCCGGGACCAGCUCAAAGUCAUGACCUUGGCAGUGGGCGACGGGGCCAAUGAUGUGAGCAUGAUCCAAGUAGCUGAUGUGGGCGUAGGAAUAUCUGGUCAGGAAGGAAUGCAGGCUGUGAUGUCCAGUGACUUUGCCAUUUCAAGGUUCAAGCACCUGAGUCGGCUCCUGCUGGUCCACGGCCACUGGUGUUUUUCUCGUCUUGCCAACAUGAUCCUAUAUUUCAUCUACAAAAACGUGAUGUUUGUGAACCUGCUGUUCUGGUACCAGUUCUUCUGUGGUUUCUCUGGGAGUGUCAUGACCAACUCCUGGGUUUUGAUAUUCUUCAACCUGUUCUUCACCUCCGUUCCGCCGCUCGUCUACGGCGUGCUGGACAAAGACACGCCCGCGGAUAGGCUGAUGCGCUCGCCUGAGCUCUACCGCUCGCUCCACGCCUCUCAGGCCUCCGCUUCAUGUGUCUUCUGGUUGACGGUCCUGGACGCCUUCUACCAAAGCCUGGUGUGCUUCUUCCUGCCUUACUUUGCCUAUGCUGGAUCGGAUAUUGGCCUGUUGGCCUUGGGCUCGCCAAUCAACGCCUCGGCCCUCCUGGUCAUCCUGCUGCACCAAGUCCUGGAGAGCCACACUCUGACGUGGAUUCACGUCGGGGUGUUGGUGCUGAGCGCUGGCUCCUACUUUGGCUUUGUGCUGCUCUUCAGUGUUUGCUGUGUGACCUGCAGUCCACCCACCAACCCUGUGGGCGUAGAAGGACUCCAGAUGGCCCAUCCUCUCUUCUACAUGGUGUGUGCUCUCACCAUCGUGACAGCGCUGUUACCCAGGCUCCUGGUCCGGGCCCUCUACAACACCAUGCACUUGUCCCCUCCAAGGCAAGCGACUUACUGGGACAAAGUAGAAGCUCAGAAGGGCCACAGAAGAAUGUGGUGCCGGAGCUUGAACCUCUCCAUGCCGGAGUGUGAAGACCAGCACACCCUGGAGCACAGCACAGAGUCCGUCAUCUUCUGACCUUUUGACAAGUUCAAAUGAAAAGGUGCACUGAGGACAUCUAUUAAACAAGACAAAAGGCAAGGAAUCAAACAGAGACAGAAUUCUAUAUUGAGGAGAGACAUGGCCACUGCACUCUCUGUACAGUCCUGCACCACGCUCUGACCGAGAAGGUUUUCGUCUCCUCGUUUAUUCAGAUGUUCAACGUUCACGCACCAACACAUGUCACAGCAGGAAUGGGAAGUAUGUAAAACAGUCAUUGUUUUUCGGUCGCUUUGAAGUCCAAGAAGAGGAUUUCUCGGACUUGGGCUCUUCCUGGAUCCAGCUGGAGGACAAUGGAUAACCCCUCCCGUCUCCUGACCACAGCAACUUUAAGAGGGCAGCGGGUCGUAAAUAGCGUUGACCUCGGUUACAAAAAUAGUCGGAAGAGAGUUUGUGAAAUAUUUCAGAGAGAGUUCGUUUAACACUUCAAAGAGAGUUCCUCUGGAAGUUGAGCAGAUCCCGCCAUCUGUCCGUGUCGAAAUCACAGUGGCGUUCUUCCUCUUGUUAGGCCUCGAAAGACAGCAUUCAUAAUACAACGUUUCUUUUGUGAUAACUUACAAACAAUUAUUCCAACAGUAACACUUAAGUGAAUUGUUGGAGUUGACGGCUGUAUUUCUAUCUAAAGUCCUGGAAACAUUCCAGGACUUUAGCUCUCAGGUCUGAGAUGUUACACUCCAAAAUGCUGUCAGGUCUGGGAUCCAUCCAUCCAUCCAUCCAUUUUCUACCGCUUGGCCCCUUCGGGGUGGCGGGGGGGUGCUGGCGCCUAUCUCAGCUGCAUUGGGGCAGAAGGCAGGGUAGACCCUGGACAAGUCGCCACCUCAUCGCAGCAGGUCUGGGAUGUUACACUCCAGAAUGCUUGUUUCUGUGCAUUGCUGGACACAGGGCCGGCCCGUGGCAUAGGCCGUAUAGGCAAAUGCUAAGGGCGCCGUCCAUCAGGGGGCGCCACGCCAGUUCCACAAAUGUUGUAGAAAAAAAAAAAAAAAAGUUGGUACUAUUAUUUCUAAAUACAAAAAAUAAUCCCACGUUAAUUAAAAUGCAAAGUAAAGCCUAUUUAAUAGAAAUAUUAUUUGUUACAACAUUACGCCCCCCCCCCCCCCUCCCCCCGCACGGUGCGCCCCCUCCCUUCCCGUAUCAUGACUCUUUGUGGACGUCACCACAUCAAAAAAUCAACACAAGAUGUCAAAACUGUCAGGUGCCCAGGGAAGAAAAAAGAGAAAAGAAGAGGAGGAGAAACGAGAAAAAGACAGAGGUAGCAGGUAGGUAACGUUAGCCUACAUGACAUUAUUUGUCUGUUACAGAAUGUGAUAGUAGCUGGCUUUUUAGCAUUAAGCUAAUGUCACAUGAUUCGGCAAUUGCUAAUCAAUAAAUAGCUAGUUUUGUUUUAACGUCGGGUUAAUAUUGUUGGAUGGGGCUAAAUUGUUAUGGAAAAUAAUAAUGUAACGUUAGGUAAUUACAGUACUCCCACCUUACAUUCCUCAGGGACAUUUGUAUUAGAUCUUUUAAGCAGGUGUUUUUUGUUUACAUUGUUAUUGCCUUCUGGUUAGCUAAUGUUUGCCCUGCAGGUAAUAGUCACUUUUCCACCCCUUUAUAUAUUAGGUAUAGUUGUAAGUAAAAAAAAAAAGGUCAAAGACAAAGCUAUUCGGUUUCUUGUGAGUAUAUACACUUCACUGCCGAUGUGGGGGGGGCGCCACCUAAAAUCUUGCCUAGGGCGCCAGAUUGGUAAGGGCCGGGGCCUGGCUGGACAUCAUGUUUGGUGUGUCUACUUUGCAUAUUGAGGCACAUUUUCUCCAUCAGAAGCUGGCAUGUGACACUCAGGAAGUGUAACUUUUAUUUGUAAACUUUUAAGAGGAUGUACUGAAGUAAAAAAAAAAACGUGUUUUUUACAAGCGACCAUGUCAAAAUGUUUGUUUUUGUCACUGACUUGAUUCAGACCGAUAACUCAUUUUCUCCCGUGACCAUACUUGCCAACCCUCCCAAAUUUUCCGGGAGACUCCCCGAAAUUCAGCGCCUCUCCCGAAAACUUCCCGGGACCAAAUAUUCCUCCCGAAAAUCUCCCGAUUUUCAGCCGGAGGCCACGCCCCCUCCAGCUCCAUGCGGACCUGAGUGAGGACAACUGGGUGACAAGAACUAAAUCAUCCAGACUAGAGAUAAAUUGUAUUAUUAUGUUUAUC